AUGUUGCUCGGAAGUACAGGGGAUUUUGCGGCGGCUGCGGCCAACCUCCAAACCUGCCUGUCGGUGUUGGGCCGGGCCCUGCCCACCUCCCGCCUGGACCUGGCCUGCAGCCUCUCCUGGAAUGUGAUCCGCUACAGCCUGCAGAAGCUGCGCCUGGUGCGUUGGCUGCUCAAGAAGGUCUUCCAGCGCCGGCGGGCCACCCCGGCCACCGCGGCAGGCUUUGAGGACGAAGCGAAGGCCAGCGCCCGGGACGCGGCCCUGGCCUAUCACAGGCUGCACCAGCUGCACAUCACAGGGAAGCUUCCUGCAGGAUCUGCCUGUUCCGAUGUACACAUGGCUUUGUGCGCCGUGAACUUGGCCGAAUGUGCAGAAGAGAAAAUCCCACCGAGCACGUUGGUUGAGAUCCAUCUGACUGCUGCCAUGGGGCUCAAGACUCGGUGUGGGGGCAAGCUAGGCUUCCUGGCGAGCUACUUCCUCAGUAGAGCCCAGAGCCUGUGUGGCCCUGAGCGCAGCGCGGUCCCCGACUCACUGCGUUGGCUGUGCCACCCCCUGGGCCAGAAGUUUUUCAUGGAGCGGAGCUGGUCGGUGAAGUCGGCUGCCAAGGAGAGUCUCUAUUGUGCUCAGAGGAACCCAGCUGACCCCAUUGCCCAGGUCCACCAGGCCUUCUGCAAGAACCUGCUGGAGCGAGCUGUGGAGUCACUGGUGAAGCCUCAGGCCAAGAAGAAGGCUGGAGACCAGGAUGAAGAGAGCUGUGAGUUCUCUAAUGCUCUGGAGUACCUGAAAUUACUUAAUUCUUUUGUGGACUCUGUGGGGAUUGUGACCCCACCCUUCUCCAGCAGCUCCGUGCUCAAGUCAGCCCUUGGUCCAGAUGUCAUCUGUCGGUGGUGGACAUCCGCCAUCACUGUGGCCAUCAGCUGGCUCCAGGGAGACGAUGCAGCUGUACGCGCUCAUUUUACUGAAGUAGAGCGUGUCCCCAAAGCCCUGGAAGUGACAGAGAGCCCCCUGGUGAAGGCCGUCUUCCACACCUGCAGAGCUAUGCACACCUCACUCUCUGGGAAGGCGGACGGGCAGCAGAGUGCCUUCUGCCACUGUGAGAGGGCCAGCGGCCACCUCUGGAGCAGCCUCAACGUGAGCGGGGCCACCUGCGACCUCACCCUCAACCACGUGGUCCAGCUGCUGACCUGUGACCUGCUACUGUCGCUGAGGACAGCACUCUGGCAGAAGCAGGCGGGAGCCAGCCAGGCCCUGGGCGAGCCGUACCACGCAUCAGGUGCUGAACUGGCCGGCUUCCAGCGGGACCUGGGCAGCCUGCGCCGGCUGGCACACAGCUUCCGCCCAGCGUACCGCAAGGUGUUCCUGCACGAAGCCACCGUGCGCCUGAUGGCGGGAGCCAGCCCCACCCGCACCCACCAGCUGCUGGAGCACAGUCUGCGCCGGCGUGCUGCGCAGAGCACCAAGCACGGAGAGGUGGACGCCUGGCCUGGCCAGCGAGAGCGGGCCACCGCCAUCCUGCUGGCCUGCCGCCACCUUCCGCUGUCCUUCCUCUCCUCCCCGGGCCAGCGGGCGGUGCUGCUGGCUGAGGCGGCCCGCACCCUGGAGAAGGCGGGUGACCGGCGCUCGUGCAACGACUGCCAGCAGAUGAUUGUCAAGUUGGGGGGUGGCACGGCCAUCGCCGCCUCCUGACCCCUGGGCGCUGCCCACCUCAGCCCGCUGCCUCCCUCGCCCUCCUCCCUCUGUCUCUCGGUCUCUCGCCCUGCUCCCUCUGGGAGUUGUGGGAUGAGCCUUGUCUCCGGAGCUGUCGCCUGCUGAGGCUGGUGGACCACCUCAGCCUGGUAGGCCCCUGGGCCGAGCCCCCCAGAGCUGCUGUGGAGAACUGCCCGUGGUCCCGGGGCCCGCGGGGCUGGCAGAAGAAAGCCAGGGCAGGGCAGGCAUUGAGGAGCUCCCUGACUUGAAAGCAGCGGGGGCUCCCAACCUGCUUGGCCCCUGCCUCCAGCCCUCAACCCUUCCCAGCUCUUCUCUCCCCGAACAGCCCCCUUUCCUGCUUCCUGGUUUUUUAUCAGGCUUUCCCCGUGGGGGACAUAGGUCUCUGGGCACCAGAGCGCUUCACCCUUGGCACUGUGCCCAGCUUGCCCCUUUCCCCCUUUUUAUACAGAUGUUUUUAUAUCCGUGUGCUUGGGUUUGCCGUGAUGCAGGGCUGAGUUGCUGUGGCAUCUUUAUUUCUCUCCUUGAGUCUGUGUCCCCUCCCCUGUGCCUGACAAAGCCAGUUCAUUGUUUUCUCUUUAUUACACAGGACAGCCAAGGAAGGAGGGGAGCCCAGCCCUGGGGAGGCAAGUGGGAGGCAGGGGGCAGGCCUGGGGUUGGAUGAAAUAAUGUCGGAAUUAUUUUUUAAUUUUUUAAAAAAUAAAUGGUAUCUUAUUUAAUUGUUCUGUUCCUUCCCACUCCCCCCGCCCCCUGGGAUGCCAGCCCAAGCUCAGGGUAGGCCCAGGGGGCUGGGAGACAUGAAGCCACCCAGCGGGACUGAGGACCAGGGGCCUUCAGUGUGGGUUCUCAAUUCCCUCCCAUCCCAACUCCUUCCUCCAACUCCACCUCCAGUCUAUUUUUAUCCCUAAUUCUGGACCUGAAAAUAAGCCAGGGUGGCAGGGACCAACCCCCAAUCCCUCCCCAUCCCUUUUUGGGGUGGACACUAGGAAUAAGGCCCCCUGCCUUGACGGGGGUCCUGGGAGGAAAAGUCCCACUUUUCUGGAUCCCCCCACCCGGGUUGGGUCCUCCCCUGAGGCCAUCUCUAGCAGGACCCGAGGACUGCCUGAGACCCCAGAGCCUGCUGUGAGGCUGAGAGGGGCUGCCUUUCCUCCCCGUCUGUGCAGGGGCCCCAGCACAGACUGGGGGGUGCACGCAGCGGGGGCUCCCCCUGAUGCCGAGUGCAGGCUGGAAUGGCUCGGCUUGGACCUUACCCCCUUUCUGUCUCUGCCGCCCCUCCCCACACACAGUCAUCCGUGGCCCCCGCCCUACCCCCCGCCAUGAGCCAGCCCUUGUCUCAGUGUAUAUACCGUGCCUUUUCUCAUUAUUGUUGAGGGGUGGGAGGGGGUGGGUUUUCACGGAAAAGGGGCUACACCUAUGGCUUCCUUGAUAUGGAAUCAUUCACUGUGUCCUGGAUGUAGGUUACUCAAUAAACACAGAUUGGUACCACC